UUUAAAGGAGGAUACUCGGUAUACUGCAGCCUUCAAAGGACGCGUCCUUACUAGCAUGCCGCCUUCGAAACGAGACAGCAAUAGAGUCACGAAACCAAUGUCAAUAAGUAGUGGAAGACAGUGCGCAACUUUCACAACCUUUCGUUUUACCCCUAGUGGAUGAGAAAGAAAAUAAAAAUAGGAAUAUUGCACUUUCUCCACGGUCCCUUACCUGCCGCUGCGACAGGAAUAACUCUUCCCGUGGUAAUUCACAUUGCGACGGCUUUUGCAGGCAAAUGCUCAUAAUAUCGAUUGAAAAUAAUGAAAAAAGCUUGAAGAAUAUUAUUAGCUGACUAUUUUUUUACAGUAAUACUAUUUUGAAAAGUAUUUUCUAAGCCGUUUAAGAGUUAUCGCUGAAUGUGUCUGGAAUAUAAAAAACAAAACUAUCUUAACCCACUGGUGACCUCCGUCCCACUGUCUUCUGUUCUGAUGUGUUGCGUAACACCCACAGACUGACAUUUGUGUAGUGUUCGGUUGUUUUACAGUGUGGAAAUGUCUGGAAAAGUUGUGUUGUAUUACUUCAAUGGAAGAGGAAAAAUGGAGUCUGUCCGAUGGCUUUUGGCUGCAGCUGGAGUUGAGUUUGAGGAGGUGUUUUUGACCAAAAGGGAGCAGUUUGAAAAACUGCUGAAUGAUGGAGCGCUGAUGUUUCAGCAGGUGCCUUUGGUUGAAAUGGACGGGUUGCAGCUUGUGCAGUCAAGGGCUAUCUUGAAUUACAUCGCUGGAAAAUACAACCUUUACGGAAAGGACCUGAAAGAGCGGGCGAUGAUUGACAUGUAUGCCGAGGGAGCCAAUGACUUGAUGGAAAUGGUUAUGAUUUUGCCUUUCACACCACCUGAGAACAAACAGAAACAGCUUGACAAUGUCGAGAGCAAAGCAAAAGAACGCUUCUUUCCAGUGUUUGAAAAGGCUCUGGCAAACUCUCAGUUACUUGUGGGAAAUCAGUUGAGCCGUGCCGAUGUUCACGUCCUUGAGGUCACUUUAAUGCUGCAGGAGUUUUUCCCUACAAUACUGUCAACAUUUCCCAAACUUCAGGCAUUUCAGGCGAGCAUGAAGGCAUUACCAACAAUCAGCAAGUUCUUGCAGCCUGGCAGUGCCAGAAAACCUCCACCAGAUGAGGUCUACGUUAAAACUGUGAAAGAGGUGCUGAGCCACUUGUUUAAAUAGGUUGCCCAUAGAAAACCAAAGAAUUAAGCCAUUAAUGAUCAUUUUAAUUCAUUUACACAAGUAUUGCCUUAAUUCAACAAAUAAAGUUUACCUUUUUGUGUACUAUUUUACAUUCAGAGUAUAUAUGUACAUCUGGCUCCUAUAGCACUCCUAAGUCACAGGUAUAUUAUGUCUGGCAGUCUCGGUGUAUGAUUUGAUAAAACUAUCAGUGAGAUUUAGUGUUCUGUGUCCAUAAAUGU